AUGUCGUUUUCAGUUCUUCUCGAGAGCAGCUAUCGUGAAGGUAUACGCCUUUUCGUCUGUUUCCAUCUGUCACACGUGCUUUCUGGAUGUCGGAAAAGCUGGCCGGCUUGGCCUUAUUCGAACGCAGCCAAGCAGCUUCUCGACGGUUGCAAUGACUUGGCCUUUUCACCCUAUGGGGAGUACUGGAGGCAAGUUAGGAAAAUCUGCGUUAUUGAGCUUUUGAGUGGUAAGAGAGUGCAGCCAUUCACUUUUAUUAGGGAAGAAGUUGGUAAUAUGAUCAAGGAUAUUAAAGAUUCUUAUUCGAUCUUGGCCAUUAAUCUAAUCAACAUGUUCACUUUCGGGAAGAAGUACACGGGAGGAGAGAAUGGGGAGAUUAGAUUCUCGGAUCUCGCCAUGGAAUUGCUAGUUCUUUUGGGAUCUUUCGGUGCAGGUGAUUAUUUUCCAUCAUUUGGAUGGAUGGAUGUCCUCAGUGGCUUAGAUGCUAGAUUAAAGAGAAUUUCUCAAGGCAUGGAUGAUUUUCUUGAUCAAUUGAUUGAGGACCAUCUCAAUUGUGGGAAUGUCAACAAUGAUGGAAAUGACGAUGAGCACAGAUAA